UGAAUAUGUAUUUCUCAGUCGAUCUGUGGCUGGAUAAAUUUACUUUAUAUCUGGAGCAUCCAAUGUUUAUAAAAAUAUUUAUUAAUGUAAGUUAUCUCCUGAUUUAAGCCAUUGAGAAUUGGCUUACAUCCAUUAGCUUUAAAACUAUCCUAACUUUAAGAUAUAGAUGUAUACAGGACACACAUUCUUCCCAGAACUUAUCUUAUCAAAUAAGAACUCGCAAAUAGAUUCUAUUGAUGACAACAAUUUUCAAUGCUCAAAUGAUAACAUAUUUAUGGAUGACACUAGAAGCAAAUCUUUCUUCGAUGAUUACUACUUUGGAAAUGCAAGCAACACCUUUAGGAUAAUGUGCACUGAGCAAGAAAAUAAUGAUGUUAAUGAGUAUCAAUUUGUAUUCCCUGACAUUAAACCUCAGCUGAAAGAACUUGUUGAGGAAAAUUUGGACCAAGAACACUUCAUGGAGGCACAAGAGGAGGAAAAGGAAGUACUUAAUAAUCAGGAAUCUCAAAAGAGUGAAUUAACAAAUUCAGUGAAUAGGGCCCACAGUUAUCAGCUUUAUCAUGGAAAUAGCACUAAUUCCAGAAACAAGCCUUACAAAGCAACAUUUGCUGGAAGAAAGGAUGUCAUUUAUAAAGGAAUCGUUAGAGGUACGAGAAUGAAGCUCCAAACAGAAUUCGAUAGCUUUACCAAAGAUCUUUCCUUCAGUACCAAAAGUCAUGGCUGACAAGUCUUUAAAAGAGCAGUUAAAGAUUUUUAUGAUCAUUCAGUUUUCAAACAAGCAAUUAAUGAAAUGUUUGGGAAUGACCCUACAAAGGAACAAUAUUUUUGAGAAGUCUUGGCUGUAUUUCUUGAGAUGCCUUGGUAUUAUCCAAAGAAAAAGCCUGAACUCAGACAGGCAUCAACUCAAUUAAGGAAAUGAUGCUCUAAAUAUACGAAUGGCUUGUACACAAGGUUAUUCAAAUUCAAAGGGAUACAACUAUUUUUUAGCGUCCUGCUCCAAUCUGGAUUUAUUGAUAAACUUAUCAAUGAAAGAGAAAAUAUGGUCAAGCUCUAUGAUAGAUACCUCGAAGGUGUCGUAUCUAUUAUAAAAUUUAGUCAGAACAGAAAGCUUAUGGAUUAGUAUCUCUACAAUUGAAGAGGAAACCCUCACCCGGCUUAAUUUUGUGUUUUAAUGAAAUAAUUU